AAAGAAAACUUGAAUAUUAUUUGUUUUGCUAUUUAAAUAAAUAAUUUCAGUUCAUUGCUUCUUCUGAGAAUCACGUUCAUUGAAUGCCCAAAAGCGAAGACGCAUAAGGAGGAGGAGGAGGAGGAGAGAGAGAGAAAACGGAGGAGCAGCGAGGAAGAAGGAGACCCUAGAGCUUAAGCUUCUGGUUUUGGGGUUCGGAAAAUGGGGGAUUUGGAGAAGCAAGAGACGGUACUGCUGAAGAUGGCGGAGGAAACGGCGGAAGGGGAAGAAAAUGAGAGGCUUUUGGAGGGAAGUGGAAUGGCGGUCGUGGAUUUCGACCUGCUCUGCUCGACGGUGGCGUUGCAGACCCAGGGCAAGCUGGCGGCCAAGCUCCAGAGCUUCCCCAGAGGAGAGGAAGACGGAGACGCAGGGGACUUGGGUGGCGUCUUCAGGAUGUGGGAAGGUGAAGUCCUCGAUUGCUUCGAUGACCGUCGUGUUGCUCUCGAAUCCCUCUGUUGCCCGUGCUAUAGAUUUGGGAAGAACAUGAGACGAGCUGGUUUCGGUCCUUGUUCGUUACAGGGAGCUCUUCAUUUGAUCCUCGUUGUUCUUGUCCUUCUCAACGGCAUUGCCUUCAUUGUCACCAAGAAGCACUGCUUUCUAUAUUUGGCGGUUGCUUUCACCAUUUCACUAGGAACGUAUUUGGGGUACUUCCGAACACAGAUAAAGAAGAAAUUUAACAUCAGGGGUAGUGAUAAUUCCUUGGAUGAUUGCAUCUACCAUCUCAUCUGCCCGUGCUGUGCAUUAUGUCAGGAAUCCAGAACAUUGGAGAUGAACAAUGUCCAAGAUGGCACCUGGCAUGGUCGGGGUGAUACGAUAUGUAUAGGUAGCCUUGGAGAAGGCGCAAAAUCGUUGUUUGAGCUACAACCGCCGCCUAUUGUCUCGAUCAAAUCCCCUGACCCCUGCAGCUGAUAGAAAAGUAAAGAUUCAUGUGAAUAUCCACGAGUUAAAUAAGCCGGGCAUUUGCCAUUCCAGAAAGUGGCCAUAGCUAUGAUUGGAAGUCGGACUUUCCAUUUGAUAUCUUCCGCUAGAAGGAUUGUUAUGGCUUGCCAUCGGGAAGGAAAACAUUUUACGUUCGGGAUUGCUGUGGUCGCCAUCUGGAAGUAGAACUGCUUUAGAUUCCUGCUCCACCUUGUAAUUGCUGUGUUUUCAGCUGUGGAAGGUGUAAAUUAUGUGAUGAAGAAGAUUUCGUUGCCCAGGUGUAAAAUUGUAAUUGUACAUAUGAUGUGCUGCUGGGGUUUCUUAGAUUGAUCCCCAUUCUCUAGAUUUGCUUCUUGUAAUGCUGUUUAGGUUUGGAAAUGUUUAAUACAAGCGAUAUUGAGAAGAGCAAAUUGAACGGUGAAUGGAUGAAUGCUCUUUAUCAA